GCUUAGUGGUGCGCGUGAACGACGCAGCGAGGUUGAUCCGCGUUCACGCGCUCGGAUCGAGGACGCCGUAGCUAAAGCUAAACAGGGGAGCGGAGCAGCAGCCAGGCAGGCUAUCGGGCCCAGAUCGUUCACGGAUUCAGCCGUCGGUCAUUUUGUUCAGGCGGACCUCCGACCGGCAGGGAUUAGAAACGUGCCAGAUCAUAUGUGUUUGAACGGGGACAUAAAAUCGCAAGAUGGUUCGGGAAACCAGACACCUUUGGGUGGGAAAUUUACCCGAACAUGUUCGCGAGGAGAAAAUUGUGGAGCAUUUUAAACGGUAUGGCCGUGUGGAGAGUGUUAAAGUUCUGCGAAAGCGAGGGUCAGAAGGUGGCGUUGCGGCCUUUGUGGAUUUUGUGGAUAUCAAAAGUGCACAGAAGGCUCAUAAUGCUGUCAACAAGAUGGGAGAUAGAGACCUUCGAACUGACUACAAUGAACCUGGGUCAGUCCCUAGUGCUGUGCGGGGCCUUGAAGAUAGCUCCCCUUCGAGCAGUCGAGACGUUACAGGAUUUUCUAGGGGAACAGUUGGUCCAGUGUUUGGCCCACCUGUAUCCCUACACACCCGAGAGGGACGUUAUGAAAGGAGAAUAGAUGGUAGUUCAGAAAGCCGUGAACGUGCGUAUGAUCACAGCCCGUAUGGACACCAUGACCGCAGCGGGACAUUUGACAGACAGCGUCACUACAACGCUGAUUAUUACCGUGAUCGCUCUGUGUUUGCAACUGCUGGUCCAGGAAGCAGUGCUAUUGGAGGAAGUUUUGAGGCGUCAGACCCACAUUUUGACUCUAGAAUACGAGACCCAUUUACUCUUACUAAUUCGACACGACGUGACCUGUACAGAGAUGACAGAGGGCGACGUGCCGAUCGAACCUAUCAUCACAGACGAAGCAGAUCGUCUCAUUCCUCGCAGUCAAGGCAACCUUCGCCUCAAAGGACCACAGGGCAAACCUCCAAAACUCCUCAUUCCCCUAAAAGAACCACCUUAUCUCCCGGGAGAGGCCCAAGAUCGCGGUCCCGCAGCAGAUCUUCUAGUUCUGACUCUGUCAGCAGCACUAGCAGCACAGGCAGCGGCAGUGACUCAAACAGCAGCUCAAGUGAUGGUUCUCAGGCACGCUCUGUUCAGUCAUCAGCCACAAACGCUCCUCAUCAGUCCUCGAUGAUCCUAGACUGUGAAGAGCCACGUAGAAGCUGUGGAAUUAAAGUGCAAAAUCUACCAGUGCGCUCCACAGACACAAGUUUAAAAGAUGGCCUCUUCCAUGAAUUCAAGAAAUAUGGCAAGGUGACGUCAGUGCAGAUCCAUGGAGCAUCAGAGGAUCGUUAUGGUUUGGUGUUCUUCAGACAGCAGGAAGACCAGGAGAAAGCCCUCGGUGUUUCCAAGGGAAAGCUGUUUUUUGGCAUGAAUAUUGAAGUCACUGCCUGGAAUGGACCUGAAACGGAGUCUGACAAUGAUUUCAGGCCUUUGGAUGGACGCAUAGACGAGUUCCACCCUAAGGCUACGAGAACACUGUUUAUAGGGAACCUUGAGAAGACGACAAGUUAUCAGCAGCUUCUUGACAUUUUUCAACGAUUUGGAGAAAUUAUUGACAUUGACAUCAAGAAAGUCAGUGCAAUUCCCCUGUAUGCCUUUGUUCAGUAUGCAAACAUUACUAGUGUCUGUAAGGCUAUAAAGAAAAUGGAUGGAGAGUAUCUGGGAAGCAAUAGGCUAAAGCUUGGCUUUGGGAAGAGCAUGCCCUCAACGUGUGUUUGGCUUGACGGUUUGACCCCCAAUAUUACAGAGCAAUUUAUCACACGGCAAUUCUUGCGUUUUGGACAUGUAGUUAAGGUUGCGCUUGAUCGAAUAAAGGGGAUGGCCCUCGUCUUGUACAAUAACACAGAUUUUGCUCAGGUAGCUGUGAGGGAGACCAAAGGCUGGAAAGUUGGUAGAAAUAAAAUAAAGGUGGACUUUGCAAGUCAAGAAAGUCAGGCGGCAUUCUACCGUUCAAUGCAGGAGUCUGGUCAAGACAUUAGAGACUUCUAUGAAGUUCCACCUGAACGACGAGAGGAAUGCAGACCUCCGUAUCAUGAAUUUACAGCAGAGAGACCUUACUUUGAGAACAUACGAACCCCUGGACUUUACCAAGAGGAGGCUCGAAGAGACUAUGCUGCACGCAGCAGAGAGCGCUUUCCUGAACUGGAACAUUAUCAGGGGGAUCACUUUGACCCACGCUAUCAUGAAGACCCAAGGGACUACAGAGACUACAGAGACCCUUUUGAGCAAGACAUCAGAAAAUACACAUAUAUACAAAGAGAACGAGAGAGAGAGCGGGAGCGUUUUGAAGCUGAUCGUAACAGGUGGAGCCCAUCUCAUCCCAGGCGAGCUAUUACUCCCACAAUAUCAACAUCCCCAUCUGAGCGUGCUCCCCGAGACGCUGAACGACGAGUUAACAGCCAGUCUUCUGAAAGAAGUGGCAGUGUGAGCUCAUUGUCCCCUCCACAUUUUGACAAAUCUGAAAAGACCCUGCAAGAACAUACAUCAAAAAGUGAGAAAUGCACUCAGCCAGAUCGUGUGGCAGGAACUGAAAAAACCAAACGUCCAAAACGAAAAGAUAAAGCUGACAAAGAUAAAGGCGACAAGGGUAAACCAAGGAAAGUAAAGGGUCAGUCCCCAUCUAAUCCUCCAACAGAAACGGAGCUGGAGACUGGUUUUGAUGGCGUGUCUGGAAAAGGAAGGGGAUCAGACCAAGAUGCUCCUGAGAGACAAAAAUGUAAGGGUGAAAGUGACAAUCUAUCUGGAAACCAGUUGACAUCUGUUCAUCAAGAUUCUGUUAAAAGUGAAAAAUCGGAAAUUAAUAAAUGCGAUAGUUCAGAGUUGGAUGGAAAGGCUCGACCCAAAAAACAUUCAAAGUCUGAUAUUGGGAAUGAUGGGAAAGAUUCAUCAGUAGACUUAGAACGCCUUGCUGCAAGAAAAAGGCGUUUUGCUGAUGGUGGAAAGGCUACGCCAGUAAAGAAAAGCAGGCACGAGGAAGAAGUUGGUAAUCAGUCAUCUGAACUAGGUGCCAGUUCUGCUUAUUUGAAAGAACCAGAUACUGACAAACACAAAGAAUCACAAAGAAGAGAUGCACGACUCAAACUUGAUAAAUGUAGCAAUCAAAAAGAUGGUCAAGAGGACAUUAGAGGGCAAAGGGAGAAAUCUGAAGGAUCCUUAGACUUAUUGGAGUCAAAACGACAUCCAGGAAGUACUUCAUCAAGAAGGGUCUCACAGGAAGGAAAUGCAGAUCAAAGCAGUACAAGAGAACAAGACCACCAUGAUGCAAUAAAACUUAAUCAGAAUGUUGAAACUAAUAAAAUCAGCAAGAACAAGGAAGACCAUGUUGACAUCGACCUGUCUCAGAGUUACCGUAAGCAGAUGGAACAAAAUAGACGCUUACAUCUGCAGAAGCAGCAGCAACGCGAGUCUGACAAACUUGAAAAAGCAGAAGCUACUCAGAGAAAUGAAGCUGAAGACUUGGAAUAUCGUAGUCUUGUGCAUGAAGUUGGUAAACCACCUGAGGAUGUCACAGACAAUUUUCCAUCUCACAAACCAAAAAAAUCAGACCAGUUUGAGACAGAAUCUGGAAUUAAAAGAGAGCGCGUCUACAGACGACAAUGCAAAGAUCCUGAGUGGACCAGCACACCCUCUCCAGGACACCAGCUCUUUGCUCAGCAUGUAGAUGAAGACUUAAUAGAUUCUUCUCAAAAAGAGUUUGGUCGAAAUGAUGAGAAAAUUCACACCGAGCUUGAGCUGUUCGUCAAAAGAACACACAACACACAAGUGAAUAAGGGAGUCACUCCUACAAAUAGCGUUGAAGAAGAGCAGCAAAAGCGAUGGGAGAGCAGAGGUAAACAAGACUUGUUACCAAACAUGACCUUUUCUGGAAGUCUAAGUAAAAACAUUCAUAAUCGCAAGCAUUUGGAGUAUGGUAUUUGGCAUGACUUGGAGCCUGGGGAAGUGCGAUCAGACUCUGAAGAAGACAGAGAAAUCAAAUCUCACUCUCCCAUGCCUUCAACAUCUGUUCCUCUUUCUGAAAGGCCUAGACCUGAUAGGUUUUCAGAUCCCAAACUUACACACCUUGAAAGAAAUAAAUUCUACUCUCUUGGUUUUGAUCAGACCAUCACUCCUGAUACAAAGGCUCUGCUAGAACGGGCAAAAUCUCUCUCAUCUUCUCGAGAAGAUAACUGGUCGUUUUUAGAUUAUGAUUCUCACUUUGUAAAUUUUUGCACCAGGAAAGAUACAGAGAAAGUAGAAUCAGCGCCAAGACCUACACCUUCUUGGUACAAGAAAAAGAUCCGAAGUGGCUCAGAAGACAAACUUGAUGAUAGAAAAGAAGAGCCUAAACCUGAGGAGCAGGAACGCAGAGAACUCUUUGCGUCACGCUUUCUUCACAGUGCUGUGUUUGAGCUGGACUCAAGACGACUUCAGCUUCUUGAGCGCAAACACAAAGAACUUGAGCAUAUGCUAAAUCAACAAGCUAGUCAGCAUGGGACAGAUAGUGAACUUGAAACCGGGCCAGUUGUUCUUUUCCACAGUCGAUAUUUGGAGUUCACUCAGCUACAACAACAGAAGAACAAAACUCAGCGGCUGCAGGAGGACAAAGGAGAUGCCACAAACACAGAUGAAAAGAAAGCGAAGACGCCUGAUCUAGAACAACAACAACAACAACAACAAACUGUACAGUCUCCCAGCACAGCAGAAUCUAUCACAGAAGUAGAAAUUAAACCAAUCAUUCCAGCAGUAGAAGCAAUUCCUGAACAAAACAUCCAACCUAAUACUGUCCCCAUAUCUGUGAAUAAGGACAUGCCUCCAUCAAAUGAGAAAUCUGUGACAUUAAAUGCAGCCCCUGAUGUUUGUCCACCUGUGGCUUUAAUAAAAGAAGAAAUAAAGGAAGUAAAACAAAGUGAAGUUGAACCCGUAAACCAUUCACCAACUGAGACUACAGUAAAGUCAGAACCUGCACCAAUAGCAGACCCUGAACCCAACUAUCCAUUGAAUAGACUUAAACUUUCUCCAACUAUAGUGACAGUGGUUACUACAGAGGAUGUGAAACCUCCAAUUAAAGAAGAAAUGUGUCACCCUGAACCUAAAGAAGAAUUAAUGAGCAAGUCGGAACUAAAACUUAAUCCUGAGACAACUCAACCAGAGGUGCCUGUAGCUAGUAGUCCAGUUCAUCCUACUUUUGUGGAAGAGGUGGAUGUAACCAAGAAAGAAACAUAUCCUACCUGUGAAAUCACUGUAGAGCCCGAGGAAGAGAAUAAACUUCAAGAUAGUAAAGCCCAUAUGUCUGUUACAAGUGACACAAAUGAAGAGAUAGUCAAUCAGAAAGAGAAUAAAGCAAAAGAAAUUAAAACUAAAAAGAGCAAACAAUCUCCUGCACAGGUUGGUCAAGUACCUGUAUUGUCAGCCACGGUUUUUGAGAAACAGGCAACACGUAAGAGUGAGCGCAUUGACAAAGAGAAACUGAAACGUGGCUCAUCUCCAAGAGCUGAAGCAAAGUCUACGAGCAAGUCUCCUAUCCAUGCAUCAGAUCAUGACAAUUUUGAGCCGAGCAUACCAUUGGGUAGAGCGAGACGAAGAAAUGUUAAAUCUGUUUAUGCCACCCCUGUUGAAGAUGAUGCACUGGUUGUUUCUCGAAAGGAAAUUACAGAGUCACCACGUUCUGCACGAAAGCGAGUUACAGAGAAAGAGCGAGUUACAGAGAAAGAUGCCGUGCAACAAAGCACUGAACAAGAACCACCACCACCACCACCACCUCCUCCUCCUCCUCCAACCCAUCCAGCAAAACGGGGUCGUCCUCCUAAAAACCGUAAACUAUGGGAAGAAAGUUCAAUUGCUAAGGCAGAAAAAAUAAAACUAGACAACAAAGACACUGAUUCAAAUGAAUCCGAAAGUGGUGAAAGAAUUCUAAAAGUUCCUAAAGGAAAAACAAUUCCCCAAGUCGCAAAAACAUCAUCAAAUCAGUUACUCUCAGCUGCAGGGUCUGUAUCAACAAAAAAAGUAGAUAAAACUGAGACAGCUGAAGAGACACAAGAAAUACAUUUAACUGAGUCGCAUACUUUGGUUGAUUCAUCAAGUUUGAGCAAAGAUUUAUCAGUGAAAAAUGACAACUCGAAGAAAGAUGAAAAGGUUAAACAAGACAUAGAACUGUGCAAAGAUAAAGAUGUUUCACUGGAAAAUGUUGGUGAGGAAAAAUCAGAUGGGAAAGAGACAAAUUGUCUGGUUGAUGAAAAACCCACCUCAGAGAAAGACCGGACUGUAAGAGGGAAAGUCAAGUCAAGCAGGACUCCAAAAUCUCCUGUGCUCAAGAACCUUAAAAUCCGACUAAAUGUCACAGAGGUCAAAGAUCUUCUUCAGUUAGGCGAGGAAGAACUAGGGAACCAAGAAGACAUGCAAAAAAAGAUCAAACCUGGUGACCUCAUUGAUGCUGUUUCAAAGAACAUAACUGUUAAUAAAGGGUGUCCUGAUGAAGAAAAGGGUACAAAGGAGACUGAAACUUCAAAAAGCUCGAUUUUACAGGAGAGAGAAUUGGAGCAGGCUGUGGAGAACAUUGCCAAACUUACUGAUCCAACUUUUACAGCAGAACCACAGACUUCACCUGUCCACCCAGCAGAAGCAAAAAGUGACGCAGAGGAAGAAAAACCUUCUAACCCUGCCAGUGAGACCGAACUGAUUGCUGCUAUUGACUCAAUAACUGCUGAAAAUGCAAGUGUAUCUCUUCCCCAAGCCCCUUCAAUCCAGACCGAUGUAUGUUCAGAACCUGAAAUGCAAGACCUAAUUCAGCCAGUCAAGGUUAAAGAAGUUGAAUUAAAUUCUUGUGCUAAACAAGAGGAACCUGCCUUCUCCAACACACCCAAAAAGGGCAACAAAGGAAGGCCAAAAACACCUAAACGCUCUAAAGCUAUAAAGCAAGUAAAAAAAGACUCAAAAGAACAGCCACUAAGUGAGAAACCAACAAUGCCUUUAGCUGGGAACACAACUUCAGAUGCAAAGAUUGUGUCUGAAACACCUCCAUCAGCAGCAGCUACUGCUGCUGUUAUUACCUCUACUACUUGGAAGCCAGAGCUUCCAGCUGCUACAGAGAUGGUGUCAUCUUUGGAAGAGCAGAAACAACCCCUGAAAUCUUUGUACCCUCAGGCUAAGAGUCCAAUAUUCUCAAAACCUCAGCAGUUGCCACCUGACAGCAUCUCCCUUGCUCUGGCCUCAAACAAAUCAAAUAUCAGACCCAUUCAAACAAAUAGAGCUUCUCUUUCUCCACCUGACUGGCGCCAGCAGGCUAAAGAGACAGGUGUGUCUUCUCCACAUGUCAUGUCUUUGGCAACCAAGGAAAGUCAGCCAGCAUGCUCAGACUCGGAUAAAAUUAAUAUUGAUCAUGGCACAAGUGACUUGAGACAGAUUCUAAUGAAAACUAAAUCUGGUUCCCUCCAAAGUAAUCUUGUUAUUUCUAGUAAUCUGCCCAACCUUCGAGAUCAGAACUUGUCUGAAAGCAGUACUUCUCUCACAGCUGUCGUUCCUAACAAGUUGUCACACCCUGACAACAAAAUGCCAUCUCAUUCAGCACCACCUGUUGUUCGACCUCCAGUGUCAUUGACAUCCUCCGAAACAAAAUCUGUGAUCUCUGUUAUUGCAUCUACUGGAACCUCUGUUAUCAGUCGCAUUUGCAACCCUCCUGAGCCUGAGGUAAAAAUAAAUGUAAACAUUGGAAACCCCUGUAUUGAAAAGGCUUUACCCAAAACUGCAUAUAGACCAAGCAAAGAUGAUACUAGCUCAUAUCAUAGGCCAUCUGAUGAAGGGGCAAGUGCUCCACUCUUCAUUGUUGAGAACCCUGCCCUCAGUACUGGGUCUUGCUCUGGUCUUAGAGUAAACACAUCUGAAGGAGUGGUAGUAUUGAGCCACUCUGGCCAGAAAACAGAGGGACCCCAGAGGAUUAGUGCCAAGAUUAGUCAAAUCCCACAAGCAACAGCAGGUGACAUGGAAUCACAACAGCUAGUGUCUAUGCCUCAGAUUAAACAGGACAUUUAUGGUCAUUCUCAGUCAGGACUUCAAAAGGGACCUUCAUUACAGACAGAUCAUGGGCAUUCCGUUAAGCCACAGUCAGGUCUGUCUUGUAAUAAACAUGAAAGCAGUAGUUUGGAAAAGAUGGAUUCUGCUUAUCAGCCUGGUCCUCAAGGAGUAGUAAAGCGCCUCUCGCAGGCUAACCAGCCAGUCAUAAGUUAUCACCAAGACUACAUGCAAUUAAAGCAUCAAAAGAAAAUUGAUAGUGCUGAUUCACAUUCUGCAGAUGGAGCAAAACCAUCUUGGACCUCCACUGUAAGUCCUGCAAUAAGCCCCCAUUUGCCUUCUCCACCUGGAAACCAUGUAGGUUUUCCUACGUCCGCUGGUGACAGAACUACUUCGCAUCUUGGGGCGAUCAAACCAGAGCCACGAUCUCCACGCAAGUCUGGCCAUCCACAUUCUCCAUUUACUAAAGUGUCCUCACCCAUAGGUUCCUCGUCACCAAAAGGCAUCCCUGUAAUGCUAUCCUCUGGCCAUCCUGCCAUGCAACAGUUUAUUACUGGUGUUCAUCAUCCAGAGCAGUCUGUUAUCAUGCCUCCUCACAGUGUGCCUGGAGGUUUGGGACGGAUGUCUCCUCAUUGUGUUUCCCAGCCGAUGUCAAUGGGACAUCUUGUACAAGGAGAUGUUAGGGUCAACACACCACCUUUAUCUGUGAUGAACUAUGGGAUACACAGUGACUCGCUCGCCUCUCCCUGGUCCGGUCCUCUGCAGCCACGGUCUUCCCCACCCCAGCCUGCUGGCAGAGACAAGGUUCUUAAAGUUAAUCCUGGUUCUUUAAGGAGUCAUGAGGGGGAACAGGAAGAAUCCAUGCAUUUACACCAAACAGGAAGACCACCUUCGUCUUUGCCAUCAGAUCCUCGUGGGCCCAUGAGAAAUAGUGUUCCACUAGAAUCGUAUAUGGUUCAGAGAGACAUGCGUGUGCUCAUGCACCAGCAGGGGGAGCGAUUGACCACAGACCCUCACCCUGGACAUAUUCAAGAAACUCUAACUCCGUCUCUAUCUCCAAGAGCGCACAUUUUGCCGAAAGGUGUAACGGAGAAAGAUCUAACGAAGUCAUUAGAAGCAAAGAGGCCACACUCUCCUCAUCCAAAGGAUGGAAUGAUGGGUGUCAGGCAAGCUGGUCCAGCAGUGGCUUCUCCCCAGAGGGUUCAGCUAAUGCCACCAGGACCAGGUGGAUCAUUCUCAGAGUACUCUGGGAUGUACGCAAACCGUAUCCAUUCUAAAAUGCCAGAGGCUCCUGUUGGACAUAACCAGCCACAACUGAACGUCACACAGUCUAUGGGUGCAGAACUUCAGACAAAACCAGAUGGUAAGAUGACGCAGCCUGUUAAUAUGGUGCACUUGCUCACGAAAUACCCUAUUGUGUGGCAAGGCCUUCUGGCACUGAAGAAUGACAUGGCUGCAGUCCAGUUGCAUUUUGUCUGUGGAAACAAAGCUCUGGCUCACAGGUUGCUGCCUCUACAGGAAGGAGGUGCUCUACUUCGGAUUGUCCAGAGAAUGAGACUAGAAGCUUCACAGCUGGAGAACGUAGCCAGAAAAAUGACUGGGGACAGUGAUUAUUGUCUUCUCCUUGCUUUGCCUUGUGGACGAGAUCAAGAUGAUGUUAUAAACCAAACUCAAGCUCUGAAGGCUGCAUUUAUCAGCUACUUGCAGAAAAAGUUGGCAGCUGGUAUCAUAAAUAUCUCAAAUCCAGGUUCCAAUCAGCCCGCCUUUGUGCUUCAGAUUUUCCCGCCCUGCGAGUUUUCAGAGAGUCACUUGUCGCUGCUCGCCCCCGACCUUUUGGACAGGAUCUCCAGCAUCUCACCACACCUCAUGAUUGUCAUCACCACUGUGAUGUAACGUCACCGCUGGGACCCCUCAUCUGAUGCUCCCACCCACCAGCCUCAGGAAAACAGAGGAAUAUAUAUUUUUUCCUGGAUAUAAUUGGGAAUGUAUAGGAUCUACCCUAUGAUUU